GUGCGGUAACCAAGGACGGCGUUGCUGUGUUCUGCUCGGCGAAGAAAAGUCGGCAGGGGGAUCUUCCCUAGCAACCGCGGAUAAACAUGAGUUAUUACAGCAUCAGACCCUCCAGCUCCGCCAGCUUCUCGUCCGGGUCGACAGCGGCAAGUGGAUUUGAGGAUCACAGCAGCAUCAUGCAGCAGAAGCUGGAAAAACAGAGGUCGCUGCUGGAGCAGAAGCAGCGGAGGAAGCGGCAGGAACCCCACAUGGUCCAGCCCAAUACCGAGGCCCGGCCGCGGCGUUCCCGCACACGGUGCAGCGAGGAACAGGCCCCGCUGAUGGAGUCCCAUCUCAGCAACGCCGGCGACAUUGUCAUGGACGGCAUCGACGGACCGGCGGUCUUUCUGGGAUCCAAAACUCCCAAUAAGGGAGUGAGAAUCCAAGUCACAUCAGUGAAGCAGGCCCAGGUGAAGUCUCAGUCCCCUCUCAAGACCCAGCCUCCUCCCCCUCCUUCUCCUGCUUCAGCAGCAGAGGAACCGGAGAAGGUCGGAGACACGGAGACGUUGCUGGAGCCCAAGACGGACAUCCAUGAACUCCUGCGAAAACAAGGGCUGUCCGGCAGCAUGAACUUUGACGAAUCCAGCGAAGACGAGGAAGCGCGUCCGCAAUCCCCGACGCCCAGCGUGGACGCCACGAGACCCGCGUCUGCCUCCAGCGCCAAGGACCCUUCCCAGGAAGUGGUAGCUGGCGGCUCGCCUUCUUCCCGGAGUUCGUCUCUGGAGGUGUCAAAUUUAGAGGAGUUUGUCCUGGUUCCAGCGCCACGCGGCACCACAGUACGAUGCCGCAUCUCCCGCGACAAGAAGGGCAUGGACCGUGGCAUGUACCCCACAUACUACAUGCACAUGGAGAGGGAGGACGGCAAGAAGGUCUUCUUGUUGGCAGGACGGAAAAGGAAGAAGAGUAAGACGUCCAACUACCUCAUCUCAGUAGACGCCACCGAUCUCUCACGAGAGGGAGAGAGCUUCAUCGGCAAGCUGAGGUCCAACCUCAUCGGCACCAAAUUCACAGUGUACGACAACGGAACAAACCCUUGCAAAAACUCCGCGGCGUUACUGGAGGGGGUCAGCACUCGGCAGGAGCUCGCCGCCAUUUGCUACGAAACCAACGUGCUGGGAUUCAAGGGACCCCGCAAGAUGACUGUGAUCAUCCCGGGAAUGAGCACCAACUUUGAGCGUGUGCCUGUGAGGCCACACAACGAACAGGAGAGCCUCCUGAGUCGCUGGCAGAGCGGUCACUCCCUCAACAACCUGAUCGAGCUGCACAACAAGGCCCCCGUUUGGAACGACGACACGCAGUCAUUUGUGCUCAACUUCCACGGACGCGUCACUCAGGCGUCCAUCAAGAACUUCCAGAUCGUCCACAACGACGACGCCGACUACAUCGUCAUGCAGUUCGGCCGCGUGGCCGAGGACAUCUUCACCCUGGACUACAACUACCCCUUGUGCGCCCUUCAGGCCUUCGCCAUCGGUCUGUCCAGCUUCGACAGUAAGCUGGCGUGCGAAUGAACCAUGAACCUGAACCUGAAGCUGCCUUCUCCUCCUCCAUCAACUGGCACUCCAUCAACGGAUGGAGUUACGUUUUCACACUAAAAGCCUAGCUUGCAACCGUAUGUCAAUUUUGAGUUUGACAUGACAGAGAACCCGUGCUCAAAAACGGCGUUUUGCGUUUUUUCACGCCUGACAGUACGACCGGUUGCGACCUAAGCUUAGCUAACGCUCACCCGCCAUUCAUUUCAGCACUAGCGUCAAUACUUAACCUUGUUUUAUCGCCACUGCACAGUCCGAGAUGCCACACAGGCGCACCUCAAGCACACCAUAACAUCCUGCGCCCGUUGUUGACUUUGGCUUUAACUCGUGACUUUUGAAGACGUGAAUGCUAAGUUGCACGCGGACAGACUGUAAAUAAAAGCACGUCUCCAGCUGAAGAACAGUUUUUAGAAUGUGCCAGCAGCGUAUGAAAUAUGGCAAAGUCAGGAAAAACCUUUUGUAUUUAACACACACAUAAAGAGGUCAGUGAACGCCUCAUCAAACCCAAGUAAUUCUCUCCAUCUCUGUUAAUAAACCAUGCGGGACAUCCGAGUCUUUUAUUCCGAAGAGGACGCAGCAUGGCUGCUUGAGAUGUGGACGACGGCGGGCACGUCUUCGUACCUGAUGAGGAAGUAGGGGUAGCACUGA